AUGUCUACCUCCAAGCCAGCCCCCAAAGUGCUGCUCGUCAACGACGAUGGUCCGCCCUCGACCUCUUCUCCUCACGUGCUGGGGCUGUAUGAAGAACUGACCGCCCUUGGGUGGGAGGUGAGUGUCGUGUUACCAUCCUUUCAAAAGUCUUGGGGAUCGAUGCAGUUCUCGCUCCAGGGGCCCGUCGCCUACUGGUACUACUACCCGAUCAAGGACAACUUCGACGGCAAGCACGCAGCCACACCGGAGUCCUGGUCGGCGACGCGAAGACCCAUCAACCGCGAGCGCGGGGAAAUCGCCGAAUGGGUGCUCAUCGACGGGUCGCCCACCACCGCAUCCAACUCGGGCCUGUUCAACCAGAACGCCUUCUUCGGCGAGACGGCUGCGCAACGCGAAGCACCCGCUAGCGCCACUACACCCUUCGACCUCGUAGUCUCGGGCCCCAACUUUGGCCGAAACACGGGAACGGCAUUCGCCCUCUCCUCGGGUACACUCGGUGCAGCCAUGGCCGCGUCGCUCGCAGGUGUCCGAAGCGUCGCUGUCUCGUUCGGGCACUUCACCGCCAACCCGCCCACGUUUGCCGAUCGCUCCAAGGCCCGCGGUCCCGGGCUCGAGCCCGCCCACCUACGUCGAGUCGCCGCAUCCGCCAACACGCUCGCCGCGUCGCUCAUUCAGCGCCUCUACGCCAACUGGGACAAGGAACCCGACGUCGGCUGCUACAGCAUCAAUGUCCCGCUGUGCGAGACUAUCGAGAAGCCAGAGGUGGUGUGGACGCGGAUCUGGGAGAACCGCUACGGCCCGCUGUUUGCCGCCGAAACGACGGCGACGUAUCCUGCGCCGCCUGCGCCGCAGCCUCCGACCGCGCCACAGCCGGUCAAUGUGCUCCACUUUGCGCCGAACAUGGGGUCGUUGCUCGGGCCCAAGGCUCUGCAGGAGGGUACGGAUGUGUGGGCCAUCAUGAACGGCUAUGUAAGUAUCACUCGCUUGAGGCCGAACUUCAUGGAGGUGGAUCGCGAGGGGAGAGGCCUGGCUGUGGGCGAGGCUGCGGUGAAGGGAGAUUCUGCUCAGGUGGAGGCGCAGUCGACAGUGGGGAGGGCGCUGGAGGAUGGAUUGGAGGUGGGCAAGCGCUGGAGGUUGUAA